GCAAACGAAAGCGAGGAGGCGACACUGUUUACUGCGCAGGGCCAAGGUGCCUUUGGCCGGGUGGGUUGCCGGUCGGAUUUUUGGCCAUCCAGCGACAAGGCGAUUGUCGUUCGGAAGCUGCCGCUGAAAGCGGGACUUUGAGCCGCCCCGUUGUGGGGCUCGUCAGAUGGAAACGCCGGUUAUCUUGGACGGACUCCAGUCCCGGUGGUUCCCUGGCCGCGCGAGGCGGGCCCCGCGGCGUUUUGGUUGGGUAUUUCCUACGACUGUGCUGUGUGGUUACGGUUUCUUUGCUAACUUGCGACCGUCGGAACCUUUUCUCACACCUUAUUUGUUGGGACCGGACAAGAAUCUCACCGAGACCCAGGUCUUCAAUGAAAUUUAUCCAGUAUGGACAUACUCUUAUUUAGUGCUGCUGUUCCCAGUCUUCUUGGCCACAGAUUAUCUCAGAUACAAGCCUAUCAUCCUUCUGCAAGGACUAAGCCUUAUAGUAACAUGGUUUAUGCUUCUGUACUCCCAAGGAAUUCUAGCUGUUCAGUUUCUAGAAUUCUUUUAUGGAUUAGUGACUGCAACAGAAAUUGCUUAUUACUCUUACAUUUAUAGUGUUGUGGACUUGAAAUUGUAUCAGAAAGUCACAAGCUACUGUCGAAGUGCUGCCCUUGUGGGCUAUACCGUGGGCUCUGUCUGUGGACAAGUCCUAGUAUCUGUUGUAGGCUGGUCCUUGUUCAGUUUGAAUGUGGUGUCACUUACUUCUGUAUCUGUUGCCUUUGCAAUAGCUUGGUCUCUGCCUAUGCCACAGAAAAGCUUUUUUUUCCACCAUCACUCAAGCCUUCAGGUCAGUAAAAUGAAGGUUCUAAGUUAUAAAAAUGGAACAAUUAUCCAACAUGAUCCUGCCUUAAAGAAGGUUCCCGGGUUGGAAGAAGUGGAAUUGAAGAUUCCAUUAAAUAUAGAAGAGUGUCCUGCAGAGGAGCAGGAGCAAAAGGUGAACAUCAUGAAGGUAAUCAAAGAACUCUGGCAGGACCUCUUACAGUGUUACUCUUCCUGGCCUCUGUUGUGCUGGUCUGUGUGGUGGGCCCUGUCAACAUGUGGCUAUUUCCAAGUCAUCAAUUAUGCUCAAGGCAUGUGGGAAAUUGUGCUGCCUUCUCAGACCUCUGAGAUCUAUAAUGGUGCCGUGGAAGCAGUUUCCACGUUGUUGGGUGCUGUGGCUGUAUUUGCUGUGGGACACAUAAAAAUAUCUUUUCUUACUUGGGGUGAAAUAAUCUUAGCUAUGUUCUCCUUCUUCAUUGCUGCAGCUGUGUAUAUCAUGGACACUGUUCAUAACAUUUGGGUGUGCUAUGCCUCCUACAUGGCAUUUCGAAUUGUCUAUAUGCUACUCAUUACAAUUGCAACGUUCCAGAUUGCUACAAAUCUAAGUGUAGAACGCUAUGCCCUUGUAUUUGGGGUUAAUACUUUUAUUGCACUGGCAUUACAGACAGUACUCACAUUGAUAGUUGUUGAUGCAAAAGGUCUUGGCCUUGACAUAGUUACACAGUUCAUGAUCUAUGCUGGUUAUUUUGCUGCCAUAGCAGUAUUGUUCCUGAUAAGUGGCACAUAUAGUAUUAUCAAGAAUUUCCGGACAAAGGAAAGGAGAAGAAAUGAUGCUAUUGCAGAUGACACUUAAAAUACAAAGUAUGAGCUAAUUUGAUAUCUGGUGGGAUAAACCUAUUUUUAAAUAUAAUGGUUUAUAUUUAUGCAACUAUUGUUACUUUAAAGCCACUAUCUGUAUUGUAUUUGAUUCUAUUUGUACUAUAUUAGUAGCAUAUGUUCAAAGUAGAAUACAUUUAUCUUAUAUAAGUAAGACUGCUGGAUUUAAUAACAUAGUGUCAACGUGCCUUUUGUGGACCAAGUCUACAUGGGGAGAAUUUUUUUCUGUUUUUUUUUCUGUAGCCAGACCAUAAAACUGUAAAUGGAAAGUGAUGAUUUUGUUAAAACAUAGCCUAGCUAUGCUUUCAGUGUUCUUUAUAUGUUGAUUUCUAGAAGCCUAGAACUGUGAGGCACUGUGAUAGAACUGCAAUCAGCAGCAUCCUUUCAAACUAAUUGGCCGUGGCAGGAUACUGCUCAGGUUUAGUAGUUGCACGUUCUGCUAGACCUUUCUAUAUAUGCAAUCAAAAUAUUUUUAACUCUAGAAUGAUUUUGGUAAAUUUAAAGGUUUUAGUUCUCUCUUGCUGCUUUCCUGAUUUGCUGACUUCAUGAAGUGUCAACUGUAUAUCUUAAUUCAUUGAUACUAUAAGGCAAUGAUAAACAGAAGCAGAAAACCUCCUGGGAUUCAAACAUAGGUUGCCAUUUGGAUAAUUUUAUUGGUCAUAUUAGGCUUUUCAGCUUCUCCAAAGAAACUCUUAAAUUUAUGUAUUUACGCUGUUGUUAGUAGACUUUCACAAUGUCUAAGUAAAAGAAAUGGCAGCUAUAUUAUUCUGUUCAAGUAAUAUAAAUUGUCUUGAUUGCUGUUUCUGCCAGUAAUAAUUGUAUUUUUUUAAGUGUGGAACAAAUGGAUACAACAAUACCAGAUACAUCAUUACUUUAAUUGUUUUUGGUGUUUUCUAAUAAACCCAUAAUUUGGAUUUAUUAAAAUCCUCUGGGGGUGAUUUCUGGAGCCUUCUGGAGUUACCUAAGUAGACUAUAGAUAUUUUAUAAUCACUAAGAAACUGCAGAAGAACACCGACAGUUCUAUUUAUCCUUUAAAUUUAGAGAAGAAAGAUUUCAUAUGUAUUUUUUUUGGUUUUUUAUGUUGAGUUACCUUUUUUUAUUGCCCAGUUACAUUGUUUAUAUUUCACGUGAAUGGAUAGCAAAUCAUAAAAUCGAAUAAAUCCAUAAACAGCAGUAUUUACUUCAGGGUGUUGGAGUAAUUGCUAAAAAUACUAACCCUGGCCACAUGAUGAAAAAGCUACAUGUGAAAAGUUUCAUUUUGUUCAUUGGUGAUCAGUAUACACUUACUUAGGAAAUUAUUUAGCAACUAGAGUUAUGAUAGCACUGAGCAAAUGGUGUUUAUUACAAAUUCUCAAAGGUCUGGCCACCACAGCACCCCCUAAUUGUGUUUGCACUUAGAAUAGUUGCAGCAUCCCACAUUCAUGUGAUUGCUAUUUGUAGCUUUUCUUGAUGCCUUCCCACAACAAAGUUAAUGAGCAGGGAAGGUUGCAAGAUGCUUUUAUAAAUUGCUCACCCUCCUACAUCCUUUUUUCUGGAGGAGCCUGCGUACCCUCCUUUAUCUGACAGCAGCCACUCAGUCCUGCCACUCUUGCACACUGCUCAGCAGCCAUCCCUGGUAUCUCUAUGCUCAUGUAGCAUCCACUUACCUCCCCCAGUGGCUUGCUUGAGAGCUGCCUGGGACUUGCAAUUUCCUGCUGGCUUCCAUGUGGACUUUGCUUAUUGGAAGCUGGUAGAAAAUCAUGAGGCAAUCUUUGCUUAACCAUCCACAAUCCUCACUUAAUUACAGCAACACUUGAGGUUGCUAUUGUUAAGUGAUGUAGUCAUAUAAUGUUGCACUUUAUAACUGCCUUGCUUAGCAAGGGAAAUUCUGGUCCCAAUUACCAUCAUUAAGCACUGACUACCUAUAUUUAUAGUUGUAUCUCAUGUGAAUGAUUUUCAGUAAGGGUUUUCCUACCAAAUAAUUUUAAUAUGUGUGAAGAAGUCCAUAUUUAUAAACUUUUUUAAAGUGGGAUUGUUCAGGUGGCAGCAACUAACUGACCUAGACUGAUCUUAAAAAGCUGGUCCAGUAUUGGAUAGGAGGUACUGAAAAAUCCUCAACUGUAGCCUAGGCUGGGAAUCUGAAAAUAUCCCAAAAGGCAGCAACAAAGUACUGUAUUUCUACAUUAUUGCUAAAAAAUUCAAGGACUUGUCUAUGGAAUCAGAAGCUGAGCUCAGUUCAAUGGAGUCUUUUAUCUUUUUUUCUGCCAAACUUGUAAUAUUUUCUCAUUCAGUGCUAUUUUUGCUCUAUUAGAUUUUAUUGUAAUACUUGGGAGUAUUACAGUUCCUGAAGUAUGAGUAUAAAAACUGGCAAACUGAAAAAUUCAGAAGAACGCCAAUUACCCAUUCUUGGUUAAAGCCACAGUGUCACACAACACUCAUUGUUAUGACACUCCAUUGUAAUUUUUUUGUGUGACAGUUUCUACUUUGGAAGUUAAUCUUAUGAAAACGUCCAAUAAACUUUCUUGACUCACAAAGAGAACAUCUUCCCUUCAACUAUUCAUAUAACCAACAUACAUAAUUUUAAUUAUAAUUUAAAAUAUAAUUAAAAUUAUAUGUACUUCAGCCCUUCGUGUUUCUCUUGAUAAGUGAAGAUUGAUAUAGUAACUGUGAAACCUCAUUUAUGUAAAGGAUAUUGGUAGUGGAUGAAUUAUGACACUUUCCUUGUUUGAGAAUAGCUGUAUGAAAGCACAAACACACACACAGGGAAAAUUAUGCUAUAUUAAUAACUAAUACUAAUACAGUCCGCUCUUUUUGAGGAUGUAUGUUUUUUGCAUUAAUAUAAUCACAUUAGGGUACAGUGUUUUAAAGAGAAGUUUCCUUCUCAAAGUAAAAAUAGCAGGAAAGUUAAAUAAAAAUAUCUUAAAAGGAAAAAAUAUUUUAAUCAAACUGUAAAACUAUUUUAAACAAAUAAAGAUAUUUGACAAUUUAAAA